CAUCGUCUAGACGCGACUGGCACGUUUUUUAACUCCUUAGAUAAGUCGCGAAUUGAGAGCACCGAUUAUCUUGGGCGAGAACGAUUUUUCAUCGAUUUGACUUCAAGUGGGAGUUUAAUCGCCGUACAAAUAAGACUUGGCCAACGAUUCUGGCGCCCAUAUCGUAUUGCGGCAAAAUGGGUUUAAGAUCGUCGAUCGGUCUCGUGCUGACGAUUCUCGCGUUUCAAGGGAAUUCCCUGGUCAGAUACGAUGGCUACAGAGUCUAUAGAGUCUGGCCAACUACCACCGACCAACUUGAUAUUCUCCAUUAUAUGGAAGACAACGUUACGGAUGGCGUAUCUUUCUGGACCUCACCUGCGGCGCUAAAUACUGCGGUUGACGUGAUGAUAGCUCCCGAACGCGAACCUGAGACGAUAGCAACUUUUGAAACGAUGGGCCUGUCCUACAGUACCUUCAUAAGCGAUGUGCAAACUCUGAUAAACAACGAGAAUCCAAAUGGUCUCGGGAGAGACGGCGCGAACGACACCAUGAACUGGACAUCGUAUCACACGUUGGACGUCAUCUACAGCUGGCUGGAUCAAUUGGCAGAAACUUAUCCCAACCUUGUUCAAGUAAUAGUGGCCGGAGAGUCUUACGAAGGCAGACUGGUCAAAGGAAUUAAGAUAACGUUCAAUGAGGAAUAUCCGGGUGUUUUCGUCGAAGGAGGAAUUCACGCAAGGGAAUGGAUUUCGCCGGCCACAGUGACCUAUUUGAUAAAUGAGAUUCUCCAUCCGACGAGCGUGAACCACAGGUGGCUUUUCAGGGCUCACAAUUGGUUCAUUUUCCCAAAUACGAAUCCGGACGGUUACGUCUACACGCAUACAACGGACCGUAUGUGGAGGAAAACGAGACGGCCUUACGCCAACGGCUGCUUUGGCGCUGAUCCCAACAGAAACUGGGACUACCACUGGCUCGAAAACCAUGGGGCAAGUAACUAUUCGUGUGCCGAAACUUACGCAGGUGCCAAACCUUUUUCCGAGCCUGAGAUUAAAGCCUUGGCUGAUUACAUCGAUUCGGUUAGAACGCAAUUCUAUGUAUACCUGAGUAUUCACAGCUACAGCCAAUUGAUUCUACUGCCAUAUGGCUACACGUACGAGCAUCUCGAUAAUUACAAGGAAUCGAUGAUCAUCGGGACCAAAGCAGCUGAAGCACUGGCCAAGCGUUACGGGACUAACUACACUGUCGGAGCCACAGCCGAGACGAUCUACGUUGCGAGCGGAAGCAGCACGGACUACGUCAAAGGGAUUUACAAGACUGCGAUCGUCUAUUGCUACGAGCUCAGGGAUACCGGAGCCUAUGGAUUCCUUCUACCACCUGAACAGAUCGUUCCGAAUUCUCUGGAGUUUUUGGAUUCCUUGGUAGCGCUUUUUGGAGAGGCGCGCAAACUUGGAUAUCCAGAAUCGACGGUGAGCGCUAAAGCUUUAAAUUAAUUGUACUUGAUUAUGAAUAAAGACUCACCAGCGUGACAGUGGAUGGCAA